CUUCCCCUAUAUCUUGCCUAUCUUUAUUUUCUAAUUUUUGUUAUUCGAAUCGUGAGUGAGGGACGAUACUUAAUUUAAGUUGAUUUUGCUUCGCUUUCCACUUGAUCCAAUACCCAUUGCUCUAUUCAUUCCCAAUUUCCACUCUCUCGCAAUUCCCCUAAUUUUUGCCCCUUCUUUUCUUACACUGCAAUUUCGUUUUGUGUUUCGCGUUGCUAAAAAAUGUUAGGGCUGGAAUCCCUAUUUGAAUUCUGAGAGCUUUCUGUGCGUCAAGUGCUUCGUGAAUCCAAUACGACCCACGACUCUCUUUAUUUUUCCCAUUUCACUAUGCUCUUCGUACAAGUGAAUUUGGCCUCCGUAUUCAACACAUUUUGAGCUUUAUAAUUUUAUUUGUUUUGGGUUUCAUUUCUCUUUAUGUCAAAAGUUGUUCUACUACUGUAUUAGCUGAUCAAGAAUGGUGAUGGGAGCAGCAAUCCACCGUAGGUUUCUUCUUCAUUUCCACCCUAUUCUGAACCGUUGUAAUUUAGGUCGUUCAGUUUCUUCACUGCAAAAGCUUGAGCACGCUGUUAGAGUGGAAGUAGAAGCCAAAAACUAUGUUAAAAUUCCUGACAUUCUCAUUCCUUUGGAGACCUGCCAAAAUUCAAAUCCUUUUUCUUUCUUUUCUUCAUUUCCUCAGAACUUACAAGUGCAAAUUGUUGAUGAAAUGUUGCAAUCUUUUAUACCUAUCAGACCACGCUCCAAGCCCCAGCUAGCUUAUUCCUAUCUUCUUUCUUACACCCUUCAAAGCUCCCAUCCCUUCCCCCUUGCACUAGCUGUCCUACAACGAACUUUACGUUCUGGUUGCCUUCCUGUUCCUCAGACCCAUGUUCUUCUCUCAUCUGCUUGGUUGAACUGGCGAGGUCUGUCUCAUUCUGUAGCUAAUAUUCUACUUCAGAUGCAAUCUAUUGGAUAUCAUCCUGACUGUGGGACUUGUAAUUAUCUACUAUCAUCUCUCUGUGCUGUUGAUCAACUAGUGGAGGCAGUUAAAGUCCUGAGGGCCAUGGGUGGGGCAGGAUCUAUUCCUGAUUCAAAUAGUUAUGGCACUGUAAUUGGUGCAAUGUGCAGAGGGAGAAAGACUGAUGAGGCACUGGUUUUGAUGCAGCAAAUGGUGGUGCAAUAUGGUUUAACCCCAGGCCAGGGAACACUGGUGAAAUUGUUGGCAGCAUUACGUGCAAACAGGGAGAUAUGGAAGGCUGUUGAGAUGAUUGAAUUCCUGGAGAAAGAGGGUAAUUCUGUUGGAUUUGAGAGUUAUGAGUUAGUGAUUGAAGGGUGCUUGGAGAAACUUGAAUAUGUUUUGGCUGCAAAGGUUGCAACGGGGAUGACAGAAAGAGGUUUUAUACCAUACAUCAGGGUCAGGCAGAAGAUUAUUGAUGGUUUGGCCAGUAUUGAUGAAUGGAAGAUAGCUUGUGCUGUGAGACAAAGAUUUGCUGCACUUAAAUCUUAGCUGUUAAAUUAUUUAUAGUGGGCCAAGUACAAUGCUUAAUGCUGAUCAAGUGACUACAUGUAGCUAAGACUUGUGACUUUUGCAGUAUGGUGUCACUGUUCUUUUCUCAAUGACAUUGCUGAGAUUUUCUCAUGCUCUGACGCAGAGUAAUGCUGUAUCAGUACAAGGAUCUCAGAAUUACAAAGCAUUUGGGUGAUGUCAAAGCAUGGAACGGGGUGAGCAUAUUCAACAGAGCAUGGUUUCGUUUGAAUUGUGGAAUUAAUAUUCCUACUUUGCCUAACUAAAUUUGUUAGUUACUCUGUACCAAAUUCAACAAAAUUUGGUAUAAAAUAGAUUUUUGUCGCAGGAAGUAAUUAAAUGUAUAUCAGUUACUCAAAAAAUGUGAGUAUAUUAAAUGCACCUGGUUAUAAAUUGCUGGGUGAUACCGUGUAAUUUGUACCGAGUGUUCCAGCUUUGUUUUUUUUGUUUUUGUUUUUCCAGAAUGAUCAAUUAAUGACUUUAAUAUGGCUUAUUACUCUUGUAAUUAACUUCUCUUUCGUUUGGCUCAAAUGAUAAUAAACUUAUUCUCAUCACCGGGUUUGGGUGGAUUCUUUGUUGGGUUUACUGGGUUUAGAGGUGGUGUCACUACUUAGGUGGAUUUGGGGACCACUAGGGUUCCAUGCAAAGGACAAUGAGAGAAGAGGAUGACAAAGGAAGUCAAGGGUAUCUGUGAGUUUUUAACUUCACUUUAUUUUGUAUUUUUUCUAACUGUUCCGAUAUGAUUGUGGAGCUAACUUCUGUUAUCCUCCCCAUGUCCCUAAUUCACAAGCCAAAAAAAAAUUUCCUAGUCUACCUGCAUAUUAUUAAAUUAAAUACUAUAGUUGCAGAGCCAUACUUUCUUGAGCUGACAUAUAUCAUUCCCCAACUGUAGCAGGUCAAUUAGCCUAGUAAACUGCUUAAUGCUUGGCAGGGUAGCUAGCCUCCAUAGCAAUGCCACAAGCACCAUCUUUAUCCUUAGUACCACGCUUCAUCCUUAUAUUGCCAGAUUCACCCCCGUCAUUUGCCCAUGAAUUCUUCACAAGCCAGUACUUCUCACCAUUUUCUACUCCAUAUCCAACUAUAGUCAUGCCAUGAUUGAGGUCCUUUCCACAACUACCAGAGAAGAUACCUUUUGAAUAUAGAUGAAAAAUGCAUAACUUCCAGCAUCAGUUGCAACAGAGACAGGUUGAUGAGCAACUGCAGUUAUUAGCAUAUUCUCAUUUCGAGCAGGUAUGUUUUCAUAAGCACAUAUGGUGAUAAGGAUUAAGGAUAGUCUUUAUCAGUGGCAAGCCCUCCAUUUUGUGUGAUGAAUGCAAAUGCUGUUUCCAUGUCGCCACCGUGGCAGCCUUCAUUCCCAUUUCUAUUAUCACAAUCUAUCAGUUGUUGUUUGGAAAGAGAAACCAGCUUUCCUGUUUUUUAUUUUGUUGAUGCCUUCCACAGCUGCCACUGCAGAGAAUGCCCAAAAACUUCCUGCAUGAAAAGUUUGGUUCCAUCAUGUCAACUCAAGUCAUAAUUUGGAAAAUGAUAAAAACAUGAUGUUUAGCUAAGUGCUAACUAAGCAUAAGGUAAACAUCAAAAGACUUUAUAUGCGUUCCAUUAUAAGGAAAUUCCUUAAUAUGUAUGAAAUUUCAAAAGAAUACAAUAUACCUAUAAAUUUUACUGAGGUUAAUCUAUAUAGGGAAGAUUCACCUGGAUUUGCUUUGUGUGUGUACGCGUAAUGUGCAUUUAUUUAUUGCAAGAAACUUUACCACAGUGGCCUUGAUCCUUGAUAUGUGUAACUGCACCUCUUGUCUUCCAAUCUAUGAUUUUGGCAGACCCCCAUGAUUAUGGUACAUGAAUCCUGUCUGCAAAUACAACUGUGGUUGAUAACCCAGAUACGUAUGUCUAAACUCUUCAUUUGUAAGAUCUGCGAACUUCUUGUCUGUGAGCUUGUAAGAAUAGUUUUGAGAGUUGUAGAACUCUAUAAACUGAACAUUUGCUCGGUAAAUUUCAAAACAGAUUUCCCAUUCUUCAAUAUUCCCGUAUUGUCGUCCAUGUUGUUUCAGCUAACUUUCAUACCUCUUCCUCAUGACUUUUGGAUCCGAUGAAUUAUCAUUGUGCAUUGCAAGACAAACACUGAUGAUAGCAACGCUUAGUAUUGUUGUUGUCUUCAUGACUAGUUCUUGAUGCAGGAGAGAAUGACAGCAUGCAUGGAUAUUUAGGAUAAACAUUAUGGGUUUAUGUUGAUGUCAUGUUAGCUUUCUUUACGCAUUGCGAUGCACAUUCAUUUCCGUUUAAGAGGCGUUUCAAAAGCAUGUUUAUCUUGUCUCCAUGUAUUUCAUGCUUGUAAGUUUGAACAAAGCAUGAAUUCUUUUUCAUUUUCUCUUCGUGACCAUAAUACAGACGUAUAGGUCUUGAACUUGCUUAAGGUUUACUACCUGCAGCAAACUACUGAAUUUUGACACUACUUGGAUAUUUGAUGGUCAAUUUCCUCAAUUUAAGAUGUUUCAAUCGGUGUGAACAGUUUGAUCUUGUCUAGACAUAGUUGUGAUGCAUUAUUUCGAAUACUCCAAUUUAAAGUCACACUAGUAAAAAAAUUUAUUAUAGUCUACGCUGAUAACUAGUGCUUUAUAAUAUUUGAAUUUAAAGAUUAUUGAAGAAGCAGGGGUCAUGUCCAGCUUAAGUUAUAGCUGUCUCUGUCUCAGCACGUAAAUUUCAUGCAGAAGCUACGGAAUUUGGCACAUGGAAGCUGUAGAGGAAUGAAUCGAAGGGAACGAAAUAAAGUGACAUUAAUUUACAUUGUUUGAUUUGUUUAAAAUAUGAUGCAAUGGAAUCUAUUUAUUUUAUUUUAUUUCACUAGAUACCAUUCGUUUGAUCUUUCCUCCUAGUUUGGGAUUAUGGAGUGAAACUAAUUUAUUAUUAACUAAUUUCUCUAUCAUUUUGUACAUUUUCUAAAUAAUGAAAGCAAAAUAUUCGAGCAA